CGCCAUCAUUUCUAAGUCCACCUCUCUUAUUUUUCCAUCAUCGUCUCUUCUUCAUUGAUCAUUUGAGUUUAAUUUCUUCUUCGAAUAUUGAUCAGAAAAAUUAAUAGAAGCAAAUAAAGAUGGAUUGUUCUAUAUGUAGCGCGAUGCCAUUUAUUCUAAGGCCACCAAGAAAUACUAUAUGCGCAGCUUGUUAUGAGGGAGCUAGAACUAUAAUUACGUUGACUACCAACAAGCUUGAUCAUAUUGAAAAUACAAAAGGAAGUGAUAAUAAAACAGUAACUGGAGUUCUUUCUGCUUCUUCAUCCAAUCCAUCUAUUAAGGGAUUUGGAAAUGCGUUGAAAUGGGUGAAAGAAAUGAAGGAGAUGGAAGAGGAAUUAAAGGAGAAGCUGAAUUAUCUUAGUGGUUUUGUUGUUGCCUUGAGAGAUCAUAUUCAUACUGAUAUUUUAAUUAAACCUGGCAAUGAUGCUCCUUGUAUACCAGCACAUAGAGCUCUUCUGGCAGCUAGAUCUGAUAUAUUCAAAAACAUACUGGACUCAGAUGGAUGUAAAGCUCCACCAAGUGACAACACAAUAACAUUGUCUGAACUAAACUACGAUGAAUUAGAGUGUCUAUUAGAGUUCCUGUACAGUGGAGAUUUGGCUAAAGAGAAGGUGGAAAAACACGUAUAUUCGUUGUCAAUUGCAGCAGAUAAGUAUGAAAUUCCAUUCUUGCAGAAAUUUUGUGAGAAUCAAAUGUUGGGAUCAUUGAACACAUGGAAUGCUCUUGAUGUUUUAGAGAUUUCUGAUACUUGUUCUAAUACGUCGUUAAAGGAGACAGCGUUAAACUUCAUUGUUAAGAACAUGGAGGAUAUUGUGUUUACACCUAGAUUUGAUGCAUUUGCACUCAAGAAUCCUCAUUUAACUGUACAGAUUACUAGGGCUUCUUUUAUAGACAUUAAAAAUAGAAGGCUUACUGUUUGAUUA